AUCAUUGGUUGAUGUUCUCUGCUGGCCUGAUUGUAUUUGCUGCUUGAAAUGUCACUCCGGUGGGAGGAACCUCCCACACUGUAUAAAUCCUCCUGUCAGGGUGCAGUGAGGCAAGGCCCUGCACAACUCUCACUUCUCCUCAGCUCAACUGACUGACUUCAUCCACAAAGAUGUUUAAAGGUAUGAUCAUAAAGAACAUGUCCUUUAAGGUCGGGCAGACCCUAACCAUCGUUGGAGUCCCCAAGUCUGAUGCUACAAAUUUUGCAGUGAAUAUUGGCCCUGAUGAGCAGGAGAUUGCUAUGCAUAUUAACCCUCGUUUCAACGCCCACGGAGACGAGAAUGCAGUGGUCUGCAACUCUUACCAGGGAGGCAAUUGGUGUGAGGAGCACCGUGAGGGAGGCUUUCCUUUCCACCAGGGAGAGGAGUUUAAGAUCGUCAUUGAAUUCACCCCGACAGAGUUCCAGGUGAAUUUAUCAGAUGGCUCUACAAUCCACUUUCCCAACCGCAUGGGUGCGGAGAAGUACUCCUACAUCAGCUUUGAUGGGGAAGUUCGCAUCACAAGCUUUGACAUCAAGUAAACCCCCUGCCUGGAAUUGUUGGAUUGAAGUAAAGUUUUUCUUUUUCAAUUUCUCUUGCAUUAGGUCACAUAUAGCCCCAGUCUUUAAGUUCUUGACCAUUCAUGUGGUAUUGGUAGCGUCUUACAUGUUCAUCAACACAACGUAUAAGAAUUUAGCUUGUUGAUAUGUGCAGAUGCAAGCAACCACAGACAAAAUGAUGGAUAGAAAAGAUAGACACAUAAAGUACAAAAUCAUGAUACUUAGAUUUACUCACAGGAACACAUCUGGACAUAUUGUUAAGUGCAUGUCCUUCAUGCAGACUUGACAGAAAUACAGACUGAAAACCAAACCAAACAUAAAGUAAUCCCAAACCCAUGUUGUCUGGCUGUUAUAUGCUUUGCAGUUUGCAGUAUUUAGUU